ACACACACACACACACACACACACACACACACACAAAGGACAUGAACUCAUCCUUCGCAAAACCUGUAGUUUCUAACACCACUCAGUUGCUCGGAGGAAACGGGAGAGAGCAUUUAGGUCAAAUGGGGGUCCAUGUACUGAUCAGCGGGGUCGCGCACCCUCUCUUUGGCUACCUCACCUCCAGUUUCCGCUCACUGCUGACAGACACGCACUCCUCGAGACCACCGGGACACCCUCCCCGCUCCAGGACAGGUAAAUGCAUGACACGUUCCCGUUUGGCCAACGGUGUGCAUCGUUGCGCUGAUGGAGUAAUGCCGAAUAAGUGGUACUACAACUAAACCGCGCGAUACUGGACCAGGGGGCGACAUUGAGCAACGCGCUCUAUAGCACCGGCCGUGUUGUUAAAGAGAAAUGAGCGGACGUGGGCUGGAGUGGUCACUGUGCCACUCUUACAUGGUAUUUUGUAUGGUUAAACCCCCCCAGCAUCUCACACGGUGCAGAUUGUCACGCGUGCAAUGCAAAAGGAUGCCCGGCUGCAGCGCGCAGCUGACUGCAGUUUAAAACUCUGCAUCGCACGCAGGCAGCAGAAGCUCUUCCAGCCGCUAACAGGCACCGAAUAUAUGGCUCUUUCAAAACUGACACAAUGGUCUUUCCCUCUGAAUGGGCGACACGCGGAAAAGCUGUUUCUCUGCGAGCGACUUGCUCCCUCUGCCAAAUGCGUUGCAGUGUCACAUACCCCUCUCUCUUUUCUUUUUUUUCUCUCCCUACGAACUGCUCCGUUUCUCCUCAGGGGCAAUGACUGCCUCCAUUAAUGAUUCACGGGCUCAAAUAAAAGGGAUUUAAGUUGACGUUGCGUCACGUGAGUGGGGCGCAUAAUACUGCGCGAUGUUAUGGCACGGGGAAGAAAACCGGAGCCCGGGUCUGUCCGCAUGAUGCUGAUUGUAUGCAGGUUCCCCCCGCUUUCCGUAAGGGGUGUCCGCGCUUUAUAGUUUGCUUUUUCGAGCUGAGAAAAAGAAACGAGAUUCAAACUGAAAGAGAGGGGAUCCCGGCUCUGUGGAUGUAUUAUACUGCUGUCGCGGACGGAUAUGUUUUUCCCACGCGGAGAGAGUCAGAGACCGAGCUAGAGGAUGGAUUUUAUUUUGAGAAUUCCAUCCAAGUGAAUUGAGGCCAUCGCACGGUCUACGAGAGACCUUGAACUGCUUACGGUUCACCCGAGGAGGCCAUUGGCGGAGAGGCGUCACGUGACCACGGGGUGCCAAUGUUAUUCUACAAGGGUGUCAAGACCCUGUCAGUUUCUGAAAUAAAUAUUGGGAAACGGCGAGAUGCAAAAGGCAACCUACUACGACAGCUCCGCAAUUUACAGUGGCUACCCAUAUCAAAGCGCAAAUGGCUUCAGUUAUGAUGCCAAUCAGGUCCAAUAUCCCCGGGGCUCUCAUGUGGAAAGUGAGUACCAUCGACCUGCCUGCUCUCUGCAGUCUCCUGACGGCUCCGCGGCUCUGCAGAAACCGGGGGAGAUGGCGGAGAGCUGCGACAGGACCACAGCUAUUCAGGCGGCGCAGUCCAAGGUUCAUCACGAAAGCAAUCAACCACAGGUGCCCGUGUCGGGCCCACCCCUUCCCCCACAAUCCCCCGGUGCUAUCAUCCAAAACACAAGCAACGGGUCCAACCAGCCCAGCGCCAAGAACGGCUCCCCGACCUCUGCUACUCGCAAACAGAUCUUCCCCUGGAUGAAGGAAUCCCGCCAGAACACGAAGCAGAAACCCACCAGUAGCUCCAGUUCAGUGGAGAGUUGCCCUGGAGACAAGAGUCCGCCGGGGUCAGCGGCUUCGAAGAGGGCCCGGACGGCUUACACAAGCGCCCAGCUGGUGGAGCUGGAGAAGGAGUUCCACUUCAACCGGUACCUCUGCAGACCCCGGAGGGUGGAGAUGGCCAACCUGCUCAACCUCACUGAGAGACAGAUCAAAAUCUGGUUCCAGAACCGCAGAAUGAAAUACAAGAAGGAUCAGAAAGGUGUCGGGAUGAUGCCUUCUCCUGGCGGACAGUCCCCCCGGAGUCCCGUUGGCCCCGUCUCCGGUGGGGGCGGUGGUGGCGGAGGAUACCUCAACUCUAUGCAUUCUCUAGUCAACAGUGUACCUUAUGAAUCCCAGUCGCCGACGUCUUACAAUAAACCUCAUCAAAACGCAUACGUUAUGUCCACGUCAUACCCCCCUCCAUUGAACAGCUCCCUCAACAACUGCCCGCCCUCCCAGAAGAGGUAUCCCGGGAACGACUCGGCCACGCCCGAGUAUGACGCACAUCCUCUCCAAGGCAAUGGCAACUACGGGGCUCACAUGCAGGGCAGCCCCGUUUAUGUCGGCGGAGGCUACAUCGACUCUAUGCCCAAUUCGGGGACCUCCGUUUUCGGUCUAACCCACCUCCAGCACCCGCCGCCCGCCAGUAUGGACUACAAUGGAGCAAUCACAAUGGGCAACAGUCAGCAUCACGGAGUGUGUGAUCCGACACCGACGUACACAGACCUAACGUCGCACUACUCUCAGGGAAGAAUCCAGGAAGCGCCCAAACUGACGCAUCUGUAGCGGUGGCGCAGCCGGAUCACUCCGCCCAUUGUCUCAUUCGCCUCCAGACACAUUACUGCUUUGUUUCUGCGCUUCCUCGCGGCAUCCACCUUCUCUCAACGUUUGUUUAUGUUCUCUAUAGUUUGAUGUGUGAAGUAGGGUAGGAUAAAUAAUCACAAUUGGCUUGAAUUUUUCUCCAUUUGCUCGUGUCAUUGUGUUACAACGACCUUUAUCUUGGCUGUAGGACGUCUACAGUGGGAGGGAGGAGGGUACAAUAUAAGCAGAGCCCUAUUUAAUCUUUCUUUCUUUCUUUCUUUUUUGUUUUAAAAUCGAAACGUAAACAGGGUAUUAUGAACAUAUGUUAUUCAUUUGAAUGUGAACGUGUCCGUCUUUUAUUUAUCCGCAGUUGAAGAAUUGUGUUUUGCAUUGUGUUGCACUUGUGAAAGGAUCCUUCAAGAGCCGCGAGUUGGGAUUAUGAGGAAAAUGCAUUUUUCAAAAACAAGGGACAUGAGCUCACACGCUUUCUCCCUUGCUUGUGUUGAUCUAUUUGACUUUUUUAAAUGUUAUUUAUUUUGUUUAGUAUUAAGAAAAAGGAGUCCUUUAGUAUUAUUUGACACCUCUGCCAUAUUUGUGAUAAGGUUGGUGGGAAUUUAGCGCCUUGGCCCGUUACCAGCCCAAACAUGUAUCCAGAAGCACCCAUGCAGCAGCAUAUGUUGCUAUUAGGCUUUCAGUUUUUCCUUCUUCAAGGAGUUUUUUUUUCUCAGCGAAUGUAAAAUCAAUCAGUAAUGCAAUAAGGAUGAAAAGAAGGACAAACAUUUCCAUUUUCUUUUCUUGAAGAAAAAAAAGAAAAAGACAUCAUCAAUUUUCUUUUCGAUGUCAUACAUUCCUCGCUGCUCCAGUUCGAAAAAAUCAAUAAAAUAAUUGAAAUAUAA